AUGGCAUAUCAUCCCUCAAGUUUUCGAUCUGGAGUUGCUGGUCAACUCGAUUCCUCCCACCCUCAUUUGAUUUCGCAAAUACCACUUCGGGACAAGUCAGGAUUGCGAUCGAAGCCAAUGUAUGAAGAUAUGAAGAACAUUCAAUAUUGGAUGACAGGGGUCAAAUCGGAAGAAAAACCUAAUAUUGACUCCAAAGUGCCCUCAUCACCUGACGGCAUUUACGCACAUCCAUUCAAUUUCAUCAGCCAUCGUGGUCCUUGUGAUCUCCAGGACGAUGAUUACGAAUCCUCCGAUGACCAUGAUGGUCUGAUGACUUUUGAUAUAAGUCCUUGGCUAGCCCACCAUAUGAGAUCUCUUUCGGACAGCAGUGAUGACACUGCUACCAGCACUACCGUCCCUGACAACGAAGCCACGACGCAACACAUUAACAUUAAUUGGGACAGUCCUUGGUAUCGUCCACCCGAGACCAGCAGUCCAAUUCCUUCUUCGCCUCUCUCAGAUUCCUACUCUUGCGCAUGUUCGCAAGACGUUCGACAAGCCAUGGCGCAACAAGAGCUUUUACUUGAUUUUUUCCACGAGGAGUUGCGCCGGAUCAUUCCGAGUGCUUACAAUUAUAACUCUACUUGGUUAGAAGAUGUUGACGCGGACCUGGUUCUUUCGCCUGUCCGAAGUUAUGAAGAGCUGUGCUGGCAAUCGGCGGUCUCCGACCAUAAGCCUCGCCCUGGUGUGCCUGUAGAGCUUUGGGAUUAA